GACAAGUCCUCAUCCCUGUAACCGAAAAUUAAAAAAAAAAAAAGGCAGGGAGACGGAGGGGUGGAGUACAGGAAGCCGCUGUCCUCGAAUGUCUGAACAUGGGCGAAAUCUAACAACGGCAUAAAUCACAGCUUCUUUCUUACUUCCUUUUGCGAGCCAGAAGCUGCGGAGAUUUGUGAUCUUUUUUUUUUUUUUAAGGAACAUUUAACCGAAACAGCGAGAAGAUGUCUCGGGGUGUGAUCCAGCCCAGCCAGCAGAAGCUGGCAGAAAAGCUCACCAUCCUCAACGACCGAGGCAUCGGGAUGUUGACCCGUGUUUACAAUAUCAAAAAGCAAGGACAAGUUUGGAAGUUCCCCGGCGUGAGUCAAAGGGCAUGUGGCGAUCCCAAGGCUAAGCCCUCCUAUCUUGUUGAUAAGAACUUGGAGUCUGCAGUUAAAUUUAUUGUCAGGAAGUUCCCUGCUGUGGAAACACGGAAUAAUAACCAACAGCUGGCUCAGCUGCAGAAGGAAAAAUCCGAGAUUCUGAAGAACCUGGCGCUCUACUAUUUUACCUUCGUAGAUGUCAUGGAAUUCAAGGACCAUGUGUGUGAGCUGCUGAACACCAUUGACGCCUGCCAGGUCUUCUUUGACAUUACGGUGAACUUUGACCUGACAAAGAACUACCUGGACCUGGUGGUGACUUACACUACUCUGAUGACAAUACUGUCCCGCAUCGAGGAGAGGAAAGCCAUCAUAGGACUGUACAACUACGCCCACGAGAUGACGCACGGAGCCAGUGACCGGGAGUACCCCAGGUUGGGCCAGAUGAUCGUGGACUACGAGAACCCUCUGAAGAAGUUGAUGGAGGAGUUCGUUCCACAUGGAAAGUCCCUGUCAGAUGCUUUGAUCAGUCUUCAGAUGGUCUAUCCCAGGAGGAAUCUAUCCGCCGACCAGUGGAGGAACGCCCAGCUGCUCUCUCUCAUCUCUGCUCCCUCCACCAUGCUCAACCCUGCCCAGUCAGACACUAUGCCAUGUGAAUACCUGUCGCUGGACGCAAUGGAGAAGUGGAUUGUUUUCGGUUUCAUCCUGUGUCACGCGGUGCUGAACAGCGACGCAGCAGCGCUGUCUUUGUGGAAGCUGGCUCUGCAGAGCUCCACCUGCCUCUGUCUGUUCAGAGACGAAGUCUUCCACAUCCACAAGGCUGCAGAGGAUCUGUUUGUGAACAUCAGAGGCUACAACAAACGCAUCAAUGACAUCAGAGAGUGCAAGGAACAGGCCCUGUCUCAUGCAGGCUCGAUGCACAGAGAAAGGCGCAAGUUUCUCCGAUCAGCUCUGAAGGAGUUGGCCACUGUUUUAGCCGAUCAGCCCGGACUACUAGGUCCCAAGGCUUUGUUUGUGUUCAUGGCGUUGUCGUUUGCCCGUGACGAGAUCAUCUGGCUGCUUCGACACGCAGACAACAUCCAGAAGAAAAGCACAGAUGACUUCAUAGACAAACACAUAGCAGAGUUGAUCUUCUACAUGGAGGAACUCCGAGCUCACGUCAGGAAGUACGGCCCUGUGAUGCAGCGAUACUACGUCCAGUACCUGUCUGGUUUUGAUGCUGUGGUGCUGAAUGAACUGGUGCAGAACCUGUCUGUGUGUCCAGAGGAUGAAUCUAUAAUCAUGUCUUCAUUUGUCAACACUAUGACCUCUCUCAGUGUCAAACAAGUGGAGGACGGAGAGGUGUUUGACUUUCGGGGCAUGCGACUGGACUGGUUCAGACUGCAGGCCUACACCAGCGUCUCUAAAGCCAGUCUGGGUAUAGCCGAUCACAAGGAGCUCGGUAAAAUGAUGAACACCAUCAUCUUCCACACAAAGAUGGUGGACUCUCUGGUGGAGAUGCUGGUGGAGACGUCAGACCUUUCAAUUUUCUGCUUCUACAGCCGUGCGUUUGAAAAGAUGUUCCAGCAGUGCCUGGAGCUUCCCUCCCAGAGCCGACACUCCAUCUGCUUCCCCCUGCUCUGCACACACUUCAUGUCCUGCACACAUGAGCUUUGUCCCGAGGAGCGUCACCACAUAGGGGAUCGAAGCCUGUCGUUGUGUAACAUGUUUCUGGAUGAGAUGGCAAAACAGGCCCGGAACCUAAUCACUGACAUCUGCACUGAACAAUGUACACUCAGCGACCAGCUGCUUCCUAAGCACUGCGCAAAAACCAUCAGCCAGGCCGUGAACAAGAAGAGCAAGAAGGCGACGGGGAAGAAGGGCGAGCCGGAGAGAGAGAAACCAGGGGUGGAGAGCAUGAGGAAGAACCGACUACUGGUCACCAAUCUGGAUAAGCUCCACACAGCGUUAUCUGAACUCUGCUUCUCCAUCAACUACGUUCCCAACCUGGCGGUGUGGGAGCACACGUUCACGCCGAGAGAGUACCUCACCUCGCACCUGGAGAUCCGAUUUACCAAGUCUAUCGUGGGGAUGACUAUGUACAACCAGGCUACUCAGGAGAUAGCCAAGCCCAGCGAGCUGCUGACCAGCGUCCGGGCCUACAUGACGGUGCUUCAGUCCAUAGAGAACUACGUCACCAUCGACAUCACGCGGGUCUUUAACAACGUCCUGCUGCAGCAGACGCAGCACCUGGACAGCCACGGGGAACCCACCAUCACCAGUCUCUACACAAACUGGUAUCUGGAGACGUUGCUCCGUCAGGUCAGCAACGGACACAUUGCCUACUUCCCCGCCAUGAAGGCCUUCGUCAACCUGCCCACGGAGAACGAACUGACCUUCAACGCCGAGGAAUACUCCGACAUCUCUGAGAUGCGUUCACUGUCUGAGCUGUUGGGGCCGUACGGUAUGAAGUUCCUCAGUGAGAGUCUGAUGUGGCACAUCUCAUCACAGGUCGCUGAGCUGAAGAAACUGGUGGUAGAAAACAUGGAGGUGUUGACCCAGAUGAGAACCAGCUUUGACAAACCAGAGCACAUGGCGGCCCUCUUCAAGAAACUCACCUCUGUGGACAGUGUGUUGAAGAGAAUGACCAUCAUUGGUGUCAUCUUAUCCUUCCGCUCCCUGGCCCAGGAGGCUCUGAGAGAUGUGUUAUCCUGUCACAUUCCUUUCCUGGUCAGUUCAGUGGAGGAUUUCAAGGACCACAUUCCCAGAGAGACAGACAUGAAGGUGGCCAUGAAUGUCUACGAGCUGUCAUCGGCAGCAGGUUUACCCUGUGAGAUCGACCCGGCCCUAGUGGUGGCUCUGUCCUCACAGAAAAGUGAGAACAUCAGCCCAGAGGAGGAGUAUAAGAUCGCCUGUCUGCUCAUGGUGUUUGUGGCGGUUUCCUUGCCAACGCUGGCCAGCAACGUGAUGUCACAGUACAGCCCCGCCAUAGAAGGCCACUGUAACAACAUCCACUGCCUGGCCAAAGCCAUCAACCAGAUCGCUGCUGCUCUCUUCACCAUCCACAAGGGGAGCAUAGAGGACCGCCUGAAAGAGUUCCUGGCUCUGGCCUCAUCCAGCCUGUUGAAGAUCGGCCAGGAGACGGACAAGAUGACGACGCGUAACAGAGAAUCUGUCUACCUCCUGCUGGACAUGAUUGUGCAGGAGUCCCCCUUCCUGACCAUGGACCUGCUGGAGUCCUGCUUCCCCUACGUGCUGCUGCGAAACGCCUACCACGCCGUCUAUAAACAGAGCAUUAGCGCUAACGCGUAGACACACUCAAAACACACAGCGGAGGCCUGCAAGCUGUCUGCCAUCAGAGCGUCCGCCGCUCCUUCAUAGACGCACACACAGCGACAAAUACACACUAACGGCGUACACUAAAAUCAAACUAAACCCACUAAACUAUGCCUACAAUGCCUCGACACACCACUCUGACAAAUAAAGCAUCAGUGUGUUACACCAAAAAUGGUGACACUUAACAAACAAGUUCCCUCCAAAUAUUGAACAAAAACACUAUGAAACGCUAAAAGAAAACCCAAAAACACCCACAAUUCAGUGCAAAAAGGCGACAAAACAACACUGAAAUUAAAUAUGAACAGAAACAAACACACACACACACUAGCUGGAUGAAGUUGGGGGAUCAUUCUCUUUAUUUUAAUCAUUGUACUUUUUCAUGAUGUUGCCAGGGACCAUAACCAUAGCAACACUUAAUUAUACCAUAUGUUUGGUUGGUAUAAAAGAACAAAAAUAUAAAUAUAUAGUAUAUAUAUAGUUGACACUAAAAUAUUAUUAUUUUUUUUGUGGAAAGAUUUGAGAUUUUUAGUGGCCAGCUGAUAACUUCUACGUGGUGAUGGAUUUGGAUGCUUUCUUUAGCAAUGCAAAUGAUGCUGAUGUGAUGUGUAAUUAUAUAUAUUUUCUUUUUCUUCUUCUUCUUUUUUAUGGAAGAGGAGACGGGUUAGGAUUCCUGUGUUGAUACUGAAAGACAUGUUGCUUGUUAAUGUAAGUUUACACUUAUACACACACACUGACAGACAUCCUGAGCAGAUAUACGACAUACACACUAAUCUCUCAACAUUUCAUAGUGGAACGCGCGCACACACACACACACACACACACACACACACACACACACACACACACACACACACACACACACAUAUACACGUGUAAAAACAUGGUGAUGUUUUUUUCUUCUUUUUUUCAAGCUAGUCGUAACAUGAGCUUUUUGUGGGUAAAGAUAUAAUAUCUGUAUUCUACUUUGAUGUGAACUGAACUCGUCCGUUUUUAAUGUUUGUUCUGUUAUUUUUAUGAUGACGACAAUGAUGAUGAUGAUGAUGAUGAUGAUGAUUUGCCAAAUGUGUUGACACUAAAAGUUGUGUAUCAGGGCUUGGAAGUGGUGGAGUGUUUGGGUUUUAAAGGGUGAAAUGCCAUGUUACGUGGACGGUUUGGACAAUAGAAGAUCCGGAAACAAUCCGCCUGACUCGGUGGCAGCUCUGUUAACAGAAGGGGUUACACAGGAACCUUUACAGUGGGAACAAACUUU